UUUAGGUCGCGCGCUGCACUGCAGUGUUGACCACGCCCCUUCAGCCGUGUUUUGAAGCUGCAGCACAAAAGGCUUCUCUGGGCAGUUUCUAUAUUCUCUACUAAUGGUACAAUUUGGUGAAAUCUCCCUAAUCAUCAGCUCACCAGCCCCAAAGAUGGUGCAGAACUACAAGCAGACCUCCGGUGCCUGCUCGCCAACCAACACAGAAGAACUGCUCACUCCAGCACAUGAGGAGAAUGUGCGCUUCAUUCACUACACCUGGCAGUGUGUGAUGAGAGAGAUGCAGUCCUUCCAGGGAAGUGAAAACAGCAAUAAAGGACCCCAGAAAUAUGUGGAGAGGACACCAAACCCCAACCUCAGCUCUUUCACACCAGUGGACCUAAAUGACGUCAGGCGGCGGAACACACAGGAUUCCAAAAAGUCUUAGUUAAAGCGGUGAAGGUCCAGUUCUGCUUACGCAUGUCUCCAGCAAGCGCAUUUUUAUUUUUGAAUCGACUUUGUACAAGGUUUCUACUUUCCUGAUUUUUUUGCCCAUUUCAUAGAGGCUUCAGCCAUGAAAGCUAUUUUUUUCAUCAGCUGUUCUGUUCUUAGAUGCUUUAUGAUUACAAUUUAUAUCUUUCUAUGUAGUUAAAUUCACUAGGAUGCUAAAUACAAAGAGUUGCACUUUAUUAGUUGUACAUGCAUUUUGUGCCUGCAUUUACUGGCCAUUGUAUCAGAAACGCCUGUUAUUUAAGUCCAUUGUAUACAUAUACAGUUACAUAAUGCAUCUUAUCCUAUUAUAUUUAUAACUGGUAGGGUUCUGAUUGAGGUUCUGUGGUCAGAAACUGAUUACUGAUUAAGUUCUCAUUACUUAUCCACGAACAGAUUUACAGAGCAAUAUCUCUAACCAAACACCAGUAAAGUGGGAAUACAAGGUAGGGUUUUUUGAUCAAGUGGGCAUAGAGAGACACUUUCACUUUGGAGUCCACCACCUGAUCAGCUGUUGUAUAUUGGUAGGUGUUUCUGAUAAGAUGACUAGUGUAGCUACAGUGUAGAUGGAACUAAUGAAUGGCAGUUCUGUGUAAAUGUAUGCAUCUGUAGAAAAUGUAAAACAAAAAUCUAUAUUUAAGACCAUCACUCCCUGACAAGCCCUGGAUUUUUCUCCAGAGCCAGCAGAGUUGGCUCUGCUUCUUCCGUCCUUUACCUCAGCUUGGGGCAGCUAAACCUACGCACAAGCCCAGCUGCAUACUGACUACUCUUCCAGGCCUAUUCCAGAGAGCCCCUUUAGGCUCUUCAUGCUAUCAGAUUAUGCACUGAAUGAAAUCACAAUGACUUCCAAUCAUUUUGAAUUAAUUAAUGCAUCCAUGAACUAUCGUGUCAGAAAGUACGCUGGGCCAUUCUGUCAAAAAUCUUAUCAGAAUUUUUUUUUAAUUUGUAUCUGCAAAUGGUUUGCAUAGCAGCGAGAAUUUGUGGCCACAUUUAUAAAAAGGCUGUUGUAGUCUUAGAGUUGUAGAUUAUAGCAUCUGUGCAGGACAUUUAUCUACAUUCAAAACCUCAAAUAACCUGUCAGCAUGCCUGCUUGAAACAUAUGGCAUUGCUCUCCUGACACAGAUAAACAGUCUGUAAAUGGAUAAAGCCAUUGUUUUUGUUACCAGCCCAAUGCUGAUUCUGAAGGCACGAUUCCUGGCCAGUAUAUACACUUGUCAUUUACAUAAAGGUUACCAGGAACAAUAAUUUAUACAAAUGCCAGACCUCUCAGCAUGGAGUUGUAGAGGUUCCUAAUGGUUUCCAACGAUAAUUCACUCUCCACUUAAAUCUUAAAUAUUACUGCAGAUUUUGCGGUGGAAUUUUAUACGGUCAUCAUUUAUGGACACCUUUACAGUCCAAAGUUACGUUAAUAAAAAAUAAAUAAAUAGGUCUUAAAACCAGUGGCCCUACCUUUGUCCUACUGCUGCCAUCUCAAGACCUGUCCUUGAAGACACUGGAACAAGAAAAAUGCCCUGAAAUUUAUUCUGUUUAAAAUCUGUUUUACUUUUGUUUCCUUUUCCUGUAAUGUUGCCAUUUUGGAGAUACAAUGUUAUCGUAUGACCAUGACCAACUAUAUAUGUUUUAAUUUUGUUUACCAUAUGUUAAUAAAAUGCUGAUAUUUAACUUCUAAAUGCAGAGUGGAGCUUUAAGCUCAUGUAACCCCUAGAACAGGCACAACAAUUAUUGUAUUGGAUGUUACUGGGCCCAUACAUAAUGAUAGCAUUAGUGUCCCUGUUAGUAUACCAGAUUUGUUUUUCCCCCUAAGAAUAUAGUUCCAGGCAUUUUCUGCACAUUUUAAACACAAUUUGUUUAUUUACUGGUUUUAAUAGACUGGAAAUGUAACUAUGUAAAAAGGAAUCAGGUCAAUAAAGUACUAAAGUAUCAACAUAAACUAGGGUUGUGUUAUGGUAAAAAAAAAUAGAUAAAUAUUCUUCACAACUAUGAGCAAUUUAACAUAAAAUGUGCCAUAAUCUUUGUACAGGCAGCAUUUUAUGUUUCCACCAAACUAUUAAGUUCAGCAAAUAAACAGUAAUUGUGUAUAAAAGUGUGUCUGUACUGAAUUGUUUACUUGUCAAUUUUAUUAUGACUGUUUAUUUAACUCAAUCCAGCUCAUAUAAUCUACUAGUUAAUUAGAACGGGCCCUUACCACGUGCUGCAAAAAUAUAUAUUUUUAAUUAACACAAGCUAUAAUUGAUCAAAUAUUCACAUCACCAAGAAACAUUAGGUUGCAUUGACAAUACUGAAAGCAAAACGAUAAACUGUGUUUUUUUUAUUACAGUUGCAGCGCUGCAUAUCAUAAUUGGUAAUUUGUCCUUUGCACACACGAUUACAGAUUAUACACAGUUCUCACCUAUCAAAAAUAAAUUAUGUGGUUCUUGGUGCCUGUUUAGGGGUUAAAGAAUUUUCCACAAUGACCAACCGCACAAAAAUGUUAAAAACUGACAUUUACUGUUUUACUUUAAAACAUGAUUAAUGUUGCUCUCCUUUCUGUCAUUCAAGGAAUAAAAUGUAAGUGUAUAUGCACAUAUAGUCAUUGAAGUAUAUAAUUUUUGGUUGAAAUGUGUAUUUAAUGGUCUUGAAAGAAAUAAAAGCACCAGUAUGA